AUGGCUCCAUCUGCUGUGGAACAAGCUGAGGCUGGCGUGGCUGCGCUAGAGGUCAAGGACGAAGACUUGAAGAAGCAAGUCCCCGAGGAAGACGAUGAGAACGAAGACGUUGAAGCUGAGGCUGAAAACCAAGCCGGUUCUGCGGACAAGAAGAAAAAGAAAAAGAAGAAGAAGAAGACUGCCGCUAAAAAGAAGAUUGCCGGAAUUACUACCUUUUACCCAGAAGGAGUGUAUCCAGAGGGCCAGAUCAUGGAGUACAAGGAUGAGAAUAACUACAGAACUACGGACGAGGAGAAGCGUUAUCUUGAUAACCAGAACAACAACACAUGGACAGAGUUCAGAAAGGGUGCGGAAAUUCACCGUCGUGUUAGAAAAUACGCUCAGUCUGUGAUUAAGCCUGGUAUGACCAUGAUCGAAGUAGCCGAAACCAUCGAAAACGGUGUCAGAACAAUGAGUGAGGCUGACGGAUUGACCGGUGGAAUGGGAUUCCCAUGUGGAGUAUCUUUGAACCAUUGUGCUGCACAUUAUACUCCAAAUGCUGGUGACAAGACCGUUCUCAGCUAUGAGGAUGUCAUGAAGGUGGACUUUGGAGUGCAUGUAAACGGUCAUAUUAUUGAUUGUGCCUGGACACACACUUUUGACCGCAAGUACGAUCCGCUACUGGACGCUGUGAGAGCGGCAACGAACACAGGAAUCAGAGAGGCAGGAAUUGACGUCCGGCUGACUGACAUCGGCGAGGCCAUUCAGGAGACCAUGGAGAGUCAUGAGAUCGAACUAGACGGGAAAGUAUACCCAGUGAAGUGUAUCCGGAACCUUAAUGGUCACAACAUCAAGCCUUAUCGCAUUCAUGGUGGAAAGUCAGUGCCCAUAGUCAAAAACGGUGAUAACACCAAGAUGGAGGAAGGUGAGACGUUUGCUAUCGAAACCUUUGGCUCUACUGGUCGUGGUUAUGUGGUUGGUCAAGGUGAAUGUUCGCAUUAUGCAAAAAACACGGAUUCUCCGCCAAAUACUCCCAUCCGUCUGGCUCGUGCCAAGCAGUUGCUGGCUACUCUGGAUAAGAACUUCGGCACCUUGCCUUUCUGCCGUCGGUACAUAGACCGUCUCGGCGAGGAGAAGUACCUUUUGGCAUUAUCACAGCUUUGCAAGUCCGGAAUUGUGAAUGAGUAUCCUCCUUUGAUGGAGACUAAGGGAGCCUAUACUGCUCAGUAUGAGCAUACGAUUCUGCUUCACCCCACGGUAAAGGAGGUCGUUUCUCGGGGGGAUGAUUAUUAG